GGGGGAACCAAACCGCUGAUUGCAUUCAUGCAUGCUGCAUGCAUUCAAUCGUACAGUAAAGGUUGGUCAACCGCUCAGAUUGUCUCAACUUGUUUUGACUUGAAGAACAUGGACUGUCCGGUGAUCCGUGCAGAGAUUGCGCAGGCAAGGCCCCACGGCGAAGUGACCGGUGCAAACCGUUUUCACCAGGCCCAAAGAAGGCGCGAUGCGGCAAUCGAACGAGCACAAAAGCUGGAAGAGGCGUUAAAGAGAGGGCAGGUCAAACAGCGGGAGUUGCUUGCACCCAGUCAGGUUCCCCUUGUUUCUGCUGCCGGGUUGCUGCAACGAAGCGCCUUGAAAUUGAAGGAUGCAAGCUUGCCCUGUGAACUAUGGCCGUUUGUUUAUUCUUCAAUCGCUCGUGCUGCUGUUCCUGAGGUAGUUGUGUCUAGACUACGGCAGCAACUGGAUUCCCAAGAAGCUGCGAGGUAUGGCUCACAGGAAGGUUCUACUUCCCAGUCCUGACCGGGACUUUCAAGGUUGUUUGCUAGAGCUGUGCCGAAUCCUGGGCACAGCGCUUCGCGGCCACGACGGUUUCAGCUUGGAGCUGGAUGAGGUCUGGGGUGUGACGCAGAGGAAAGGUGACUACAGUGCCGUUGAGGCUCAUCGCACUCGGAAGUCUCGAGAUGGCUUUUCGUGCAUCAUGGACUUGGUCUUGCCACCAUCACUGAGCAGUGAAAACCAUGAGAGGCCAACAAAGGGAUCCUAUGGCUUCCACGAUGGUCUCCACAACCUCCUUUGGAAGGGAGAUCGCACUACAGACAAAGAUGACUUGGUCCAGCCUGGUAUUAUUCAGCUCGAGUUGCGAGUGGGCCAACUCUACGUCUUCCCAGAUUGGGUCCAAACUCUGACCUAUCCCUUUGACGGUGAGGGCAAGCGGCAGUGGAUCACUGCGUGUGUGUCCUUGAGCGAAAGCAAUGUGUCGUGUCCGCUGAAGCAAUGA